AUGGAGUUAAGAGAGGACCUGCAGAAACUCAUUGAGAGAGCAUGGGGUUUGCAUGAUGGGCUAACUGAAGAAAUAAAAAACAUCAACAGCUCCUUCUGCAGGUUUUGUUCGGAACAUGGUCGUUAUUGUGACAGAGUGGAGAACCCAUUUCAGGAGAAGGAAGGAUUGAUUGCCAUUAAAGAUUCAUUAAAUGAAGUAGGGAAUGCGCUUAUGCGUUUACAGAGAUUACGAUCAUGGCAGCCGAUUGAUAGGCAAGAGGCACUUGCGCGUUUAGAAGAAAGCAGGUUAAUUCUCAAGGAAAAGGUGGCACAACAUCAAGGAAGGCCACUUGAUGUGGUGGAAGAACUGAACGAAUGUUUUAGCAAUGGAAAGACUGUUUUUGACUGGAGGUUGAGUGAGAAAAAGAAGAUCAAAGGUGAUGAUUCCAAUGUCCAAGAGGAAAAGAGGAGGAUGACCGCCGGCUUUGUUGUUUGUUGGAUUAGAAUGUUAUUCAACCCUUGGAGGUGGCAAAAAGCUGUUGGGGUUGCAGCAAAAUUGAUUUUGUUUUCAGCUAGCAUUUCGCCUACGGUUAAAUUCUGCCAUUCCAGGCUACAUUGUUGCGGUUCACAAAGAAAAGUUCUUUCAAUUUUGGUGGAACCGGUAGAUUCAAGAACAAAAGAAAAUAGUACACCAUUGUCCCCCUCAAAUAGUCCUCUGGAUGUUUUUUACGGCAGGGGAUGA